GAAAUUUAUGCGGCUGGCAGCUAUUUCACUCAUUUUAAUCAAUUAUUUGAUUGAAUUACAUUAUGUUCUGUGCCAGAAAGAUAUCAAGCCAUCUGAUCUGAGUACUUCAUAUGAAAUCCGAAGAAUUAGGCGAUCUGAAAAGCGUGAACUUGCAAACGAUAUCAUAGAAGGUCCACAGGGAAAGAAAGGACCACGGGGUCCACCAGGUCCGACAGGUCCCCCAGGAAUACAAGGCGACAGAGGGCCGCCUGGUCAACAGGGUCCGCGUGGUCCACCCGGUCUGCCUGGCCCAAAGGAAAAACCGGUAUUGGUGGGAAUAGCAGUGGGUGCGUUGUUUGCGUGUUCACUUGCAUUGGUAUUCUUCCUUCUAUCUGCAACCAGAGUAAUACUGGGAAGUUCCAACGACGCUGAGGAAGAGUAACCCAAGUGGUAAUGAUCCAACAAUGAUGGGUUGAUACUACCAUACACACCAGGAAAAAACCAGUUAAUGCUUAGCAAUGGGUACAGUCAGUUUGAUCCAUAAAAGUUAUUUACUACUCUGCAAAAGUUU